UAAUGUGUAAAUGUUAGGGUGUAUCCCACAGGCUUGAGUGUUUGUUGUUGUUUUUGCUAUUCUAGAGAAGAUUGGCUUUGAGAGUUCUUUAUAUUUGAGAUUUUAUUUGGAUUUAUUUUGCUGUCUAGUCAUUAACAGAAACAGCUAGAGGGAAUAAAGGCAAUUUCAUGUACCUUUUUAAGUUUUCUUCACAGGAAGCUGUGGUCACCCAUCUUCCUUUUCGCACAUGUUGCAGCACAGUUGAGUGUAUGAGCGGUUGCGUUAGUGUGUUUUUGUGCGGUGGGGUGUGCUGCCUUUUGCUGCUUUGGUGUCUCUCGUGUCGUUCGUCUUAUGCCACGUGCCACCUGUUGUGAGUGUAACACCCGCAAGUGUGUUUUGUAAAGGAGCAUUGUGUUGAAGACCACCCGAAACGACAGUUACUCUUCUCCUUUUGUGUGUGCUCUAUAGAGAAAUAAUGGAGACAGAGCCAGGUAUCGUGUCCCCGUUUAAGCGUGUGUUUCUGAAGGGCGAGAAAGGGAGAGAUAAGAAAGCUCAGGAGAAGUGCACUGAACGACGGGCUCUUCACACCUUUGCGCUCUCUGUCCCCGACCACCGUAUCGACCCAGACAUCCUGCUCAACGAUUACAUCGAGAAAGAGGUCAAGUAUCUGGGGCAGCUGACCUCAGUCCCAGGAUACCUUAAUCCCUCCAGUCGCACUGAGGUUUUGCAGCUGAUUGACAAAGCCAGGAAGUCUCACCAGCUGGCAGGUCAGCUGACAUCGGAACAAGAUGCCGUGGUCAGCCUGUCUGCGUACAACAUCAAGCUGGUGUGGCGUGAUGGAGAGGACAUCAUCCUGAGAGUACCCAUCCAUGACAUCGCUGCCGUUUCCUACAUUCGAGAUGACUCCCUGCACCUGGUGAUUUUGAAGACAGCCCAAGAGCCUGGAGGCUCACCUUGUCCCAGCACAUGUCCGGAGCUGUCGAAGUCACCUACUCUGAGCUCUUUAUCUGAGAGUGGAGCUAUGGAUGUCUGCUGCCUGCUCGUGCUGGCCGUCGAGAACAAGGCAGCCGCAGAGGAGCUCUGUCUGCUCCUCAGUCAGGUCUUCCAGAUAGUCUACACAGAAUCUACUAUCGACUUCCUGGACAGGACUAUCGACUUCCUUGACGGAGCUACAACGCCCACUCGGCACCUCUCCCUCUACAGCGAUGACUCCUCAAGCAAGGAUGUUAAAGAGCCAUUUGAAGGAGGCCCAGGCACAUUCUUGUUUCAGAGCUCAUUAGAGGCAGCAGGGCAUUCUCCGUGUUCAUCGCCAUCAUCCACACCAGCAUCGCCACAGGACAAAACAGCCAGCGAGAGUGAACUAAGCACAACAGCAGCAGAAUUACUCCAGGACUACAUGACAACGUUAAGAACAAAAUUGUCCUCUCAGGAGAUUCAGCAGUUUGCCACACACUUGCAUGAGUACAGAAAUGGUGCCUCCAUCCACGAGUUCUGUAUCAACCUGAGACAGCUCUACGGAGACAGCAGGAAGUUCCUCCUACUCGGCCUUAGGCCCUUCAUCCCAGAGAAGGACAGUCAGCACUUUGAGAACUUCCUUGAAACCAUCGGCGUGAAGGAUGGCCGCGGCAUCAUCACCGACAGCUUUGGCCGCUACAGACGCACAGCCAGUUCAGCUUCUGACUCGACCACCAAUGGCAAUGGGGCAGCAGGAGGGUCAGAUGAAGGAACAGUGUCCUCUGAGGGUGAUGAGUGGGACCGCAUGAUAUCAGACAUCAGCAAUGACAUUGAGGCGUUAGGGUGCAGUAUGGACCAGGACGGUGUGUCACCCUGACGGCAAACCUUUCUCAGUGUGCUUUAGCCAAUCACCACUUGAUAUACUGACUGUUACAUAGUUCACUGGUCCAUGUCACUUUGUCAAAUGAUGCUGGAAUGUCAAUACUAUGCCACCUCAGUUUAAUCCUGGCUCUUAUGUAUUGCUGUGACUACAUUUCAGUCAUUCACCUGGAUGAUGGUGCUUUUUGAGACACUUGAAGUGCAUGUGGACCUUCUGUAACUGUGCGUGGCACAGAUGAUGCUUUCAUGAGAGUUUAUUGGCAGUAUCUGCUAUCGGUCAUGACACAGUAGCUUUAUAGGCUGAUCUGCGACCAGCGUUUAGGUUUCUUUUAUGAAGGCAUUAGAUUGAAACUCCAUUUUAAUUCUCAAGCAUUCACAUUUAAGAUUAAUGCAAAGAUUUUGCGAUACCAUUGGCGUCAAGCGGGGAUACCAGGACUGAUGAGACGCAAAACGAAGUGGAAUAGCUAUAUUUUUAUGAAGCACAUUUGAAAUGAUUCAUGUUAGUCUGUGGAUUGUGAGGUAAGUCAUAUGCAUGGAUUUCACCGGGAAAUCAAGGCAGUCAUUUGGGUACCUUCAGUAUCAAAUGCAGAUUCUUGAAAAGACAGUUCUGUUUUUACAGCAUGAGCAAGGGGAUUACAAAAGAUCAGGGUUUCCGGGGAGGUGUUUUUACUUGCCAAUUUUAGCAGCAGUUUGACAGCUGAUUCUCAACUGCUAGGUUUAUUUUAAGAUUAGUAAACUAAGUGUCUGCCGGAACUGUUAAGUAGAGCCAAGGUGUGUUCUCGGACACAGUUUGAGUUUCACUUAACAGUUGUGUGGAUCAGUGGUUUCCUGUAUAUUGUCACUUAUGACAGUUCUUCUUUUCCAGUUUAGCUUAACUUCCGAUCCAUCAAGUGUGUUUAUUUCUCUCUUUGUAUUAACUGUUUGAUGUGUUAUUCUUAUUUGUAUUGCAUAACUUUUAAACACAUUUUACUAUUAUGUUUUUACAACUAGUGCCGGUUGUAAUUACCCCAUGAUUUGCAAUGCACCAGGUAGAGAAGGUAGCUCUAUAUAUUUGUUGGUUUGGGCUGACAACUUUGGAGUCUUAAGAUAUUUGACAAAGCCGGUUAGCUGGCUGAUGGUGUUCAGUGUUUUGUUACACUGCGAAGCAAAUAUGUCUUGUUAUACAGUAUGUUGUAGCCUUCUUUGAGUUUUUGGUAGCCUGACAUUGUGCCUUGCAGAACAACUGCUUAUUUUAUCAUCCAACAGGGAUGUAAGAAUCAUUCUGUAAUCUGUUCAGAUUGUGACCAAGGAGUUGUAUUAAAUAUUAAGUUUAGUA